CUGUGGACAUUGCAAGCAUGGUCAGUCAGCUUACUACGACCGUUCUGUUUGCCUUGGUGGCUGUUGCUCUUGGAGGCUAUCAUGGAGGUCAUCACGGAGGUCACAGUAAACAGUACAGAAAACAAGAUGACUAUGGACAUUACAAGUUCGGCUACGACAUUGUCGACGGCCACGGCUCCAUCAACGGCCGCCACGAGACAGGCUCCGCGUACGGCCCCGUGCACGGUUCCUACUACCUGGGGAUCAUCGACGGCCGCCACCGGCAGGUGCACUACGUGGCCGACAAGUGGGGCUUCCGUGCCAUGGUCAAGACGAACGAGCCCGGCACCAAGACGAGCCUGCCGGCGGCCGCACCUUACCACUCGGCGAACGGAAAAACUGUGCCGGCCUACGGCAUCGGUGGUGGACAUGGGCAUCAUCAUUACCAUGGACACGGAUACCACGGCUAAGACUUGGUCCGCGCCACAACCCCUCUGAAUACUAACGUCGAAAAGGAACCGACCAGCGACUCCACUCCUGCCUGCGAACCUCGUACGUGCUGCGUGUUCCUCGUGGCUCCCACGAUGUCUGCGUCUUCUGUCCACCCUUGCUCAGUCCGUGCUUCUUGUGGGUGCUUGCCAUGUAUUAUACGUGUACAUAAAUAAA